AGCUCGUGUCGUGUCCUAAAGCGGUAAUGGGGUUUGGGCGGAUUGGCGAGGUGGAGAUCACGGUUUCCUUAAGUUUUCAAGCGUUUAUUGUGUUUCCAGCGAGUCGGGAUAGCAGUACAUGCUACGUGCGAACUAUUUAGGAGGUUUAACACGCUUCACGGGACCACUUGAAGCAGUGUUGGGCUUCAUUUUCGGCAGUUCAGCAAAAUGAGUGGCUACUACACCAAGCUACGUGCGCGAAGGACUUACAGAUGGGAAGGCAAGCCGACCAGUGAGGACAGAAAGCUGAAGAGAAGGUACUACGGGUCUUUGUCUAUAGCCGUAGACAGGAGGCCGGCGGAGGCAGUGGUGUCUGUAGGCCAGUACAUACUGAUCGAGGGACAUGAUGAUGACAACCCCUUCGUUGCACAACUUCUGAAGCUGUUUUGUGACGAUAACGGUAAUAAAAAAGCAGAGGUGCAGUGGUUUGUACGUAUGUGUGAAAUACAUCAGAACAAAAGGAAGCUUCUGGGCAGGAGCCCUCAUCCUCAAGAAGUUUUUUACUACCAGGAUCGCUCCUGUGACAAUGAGGUGGAUGCUGAGACAAUCCUGGGAUCAGUUCAGGUUAAACAUAUUCCUGCUCAGGCUCCUUUCCCAGAUCGUGAGAACAAGGACACUCUGUUUGUCAAACUUGUAUGGGACACAAAGGCUUUUCGAAUAAUGGAUCCUGAGCUGUUUCAGCCUCCUCAGAGCCCCAAAUCUCCGCCACCUUACCAGCAUGCACCCAGAGUUCGUGCUCUCCCCACCCCGGACCCCACUGUUAUGAAGAGGGCCAUGAUUGGCGUCCACACCCGCAGCAGCAUGAGCACGGGCAAGAUGGGCACUAGUGAGGCAGAGUCAGCCCACUCAGCUUCCAAACUCUCUGCCGCCAAAGUACUGAAUAUGAAGAGGAGAAGUAGAAUCUCCUCGAAUCCAAACAUUCGCAAGAAGUUGGACCUUUGCAGUCCAAGUAAGAAGUUGACUAGAGGUGAUGUUCUUGGUGACAUACUGGGUGAAGACCAGGACACAGAGGAAGACCUGGCCAAGAAACUGGGCAGUUCUCCACCCCGUCGCAUUUCAAUCACUAUCAGGAUGACCCCACUUCAAAACCCUUCAAGAUCUUCCACUGAUGAGGAGUGUCUUUCUGUCCAAGCUCUGGAUAGCCCUGCUAAACCCACCUCAACUGCACUGGACAACACCUCCAGGAACGUUCUUGGGGUCCAGCCCCUGGACGAUGAUGUGUUUGAGCUAGAACCAGCACUUGUCAGCAAAGGCAGGACCCCUCGUAAGAGAGAGGCCACUCCAAGACAACCCAGCCUUAGGGCACCAAAAACUCCGUCCAGAAGGAGACAGUCUACUACAAUCAGGGAGCCAGCUCUUACUGUGCUGGCUGAAGAGCAUGAAGACUCUCCUAUACAGACUACUGCUACUCCCCGUUCCAAGAGGAAAUCAGCCCAGCUUGUGUCCUUCCAAAUCAGAAAGCAGCUCCGUGAUGAGCUGCAGUCGGAUGGUGAAGAUGCUGAUGAUGACUGCUUCGUUCCUGCUAAGAUUGACCUAGAGAGCAGCAGUGAUGAGGAAGAGGAGGUGAAAAUAGACAGUGAAGACGAGCUGAUUGUGAAGAGGAGCAGGUGCACAGCAGGCUCAAAAAUGACACGUACAGCUGCAAACAGCCGAGCAUCUGCAAGAACCCCGCGCAAAACUCCCAGCAAGAAGGCUGCUCCUACUACUCCUCGGACACCUCGUCAUGCAACUCCUAGCAUUCCUACCAGAAGUUUGCCAGCUAGGAAGCCUGAGAAUGUGCUAGAGGAGGCAAGGGCAAGGUUGCAUGUGUCGUCAGUUCCUGAGUCGUUACCAUGUCGAGAACAGGAGUUCCAAGACAUCUACAGUUUUGUGGAGAGCAAGAUCAUGGAUGGCACUGGAGGAUGUAUGUAUAUCUCAGGUGUUCCUGGCACAGGGAAGACUGCCACAGUGCACGAGGUGAUCAGGUCUCUCCUGCAGGCGGCGGAGCAGGAUGAGAUCCCUCACUUUCGGUUCAUAGAGAUUAAUGGCAUGCGGAUGACCGACCCACACCAGGCUUAUGUCCAGAUACUGCAGAAACUUACUGAUCAGAAAGCGACAGCAGACCACGCUGCAGCCCUGCUGGAGAAACGAUUCAGUAUGCCCGCACCAAAGAAAGAAACCACAGUGCUGUUGGUGGAUGAGCUGGACCUUUUAUGGACCAGGAAACAGAACGUCAUGUAUAACUUGUUUGACUGGCCAACAAGACGUCAUGCUCGGCUGGUGGUGUUGACCAUUGCUAACACGAUGGACUUGCCUGAGAGGAUCAUGAUGAACCGUGUGGCAAGUCGCCUGGGGCUGACACGUAUGUCCUUCCAGCCAUACAAUUUUAAGCAGUUGCAGCAGAUUAUCACAUCUCGGCUCAAUAGAGUAAAGGCAUUUGAAGAAGACGCUCUUCAACUAAUCUCAAGAAAGGUGGCAGCCCUGUCAGGUGAUGCCCGGCGCUGUUUAGAUAUUUGCAGGCGGGCCACAGAGAUCUGUGAGCACUCCGGUCAACAGGGUGGCACCAAAUUGGUUGGGAUGAGUCAUGUGAUGGAAGCUUUGGAUGAGAUGUUCUCUUCGUCCUAUAUCACAGCUAUCAGGUGUGCCUCCCUACAGGAGCAGCUCUUCUUAAGGGCAGUGAUUGCAGAGUUUCGCAGAUUGGGUCUAGAAGAAGCCACGUUCCAGCAAGUGUUUGUACAGCAUCAGGGUCUGUGUCGUAUGGAGGGACUGCAGCCAAUAAGCGUGUCUGAGGGUCUGGCUGUGUGUCAGAGACUAGGAGCCUGCCGUCUACUUCUUCUGGAACCUAGCCGCCUGGACUUGCUGCUUCGCGUCCGCCUAAAUGUCAGCCAGGAUGAUGUGCUCUAUGCACUGAAGGCUGACUGAGACCCAGAUGAAGAACUGCCUAGGAGUCCCUGCUCAAAAGACUGAAGGUUGCAUUACAAGAGAACCUCAGUGGUGCCUUCACUAGAGCAUCUACUUAUUUGGUUUUCCCCAGAUAAGUUUUUAAAAGCUGCCUUGGCUGGAAUUCGGUUCCCGUUUCUGUUUUUUCUAAACUUUGAGUUGUCGGCCCUGCUAAUCUCUUUCAACAUGAAGUGACGAGGGGUAGAUAGAUGUUCUUUUAAAGCAAAUGAACCAUGAACAAUUACAAGAAAUCAACACAAAGAAUUAUGAUUCUUUGUCCUGGAGGCUUUGAUGAGCACUUAUGGGUACAUCUGGAAUAUUCUGAAUGGCAGUAUUUAUACCUAACCCUAACCCUAUACUUGAAUGAAGUUUCUGAUUUGUUAAUUCUCAAAUUCUGGGCACAAAAUGCACAGAUCAGUGAGCAUUUUACUUACUGGAGAGCGAGCCUCCCCCUAUUGUGUUCACCACAUAACGUCUGUCUUUUUAAGAUCUGAAUAUAUGUGUGAAUUUGGUUAUAUUCCUUAGGAUCAAAUGUCCAAAUAUUUUAUGGGCUUUGUUCAUUAUAGAAACUCUUGAAUAAAGAUAUUGAAAGUCA